AUGGAGGAGAAAGGUGGUUUAUUGUUGAAGAGAAGUAGAGGAGGACCCACAAGGCUACAAAAGCAUGCACCAGCAUCUCUUGACAUUGAUAUGGUUAUCAAUGAUAGACCCUCUAACCCUUUUGAUUAUUCUUCAAAGGCUAUUCCAUUGUUAUCACCACUCAUUCUAUCUCCAAAGCCAUUGUAUGCAGAUAUUACAAUUCAAGCUCUUCAAUCACAGAAUAAUGAUAGUAAUGAUAUUAUAAAUGAGGGUAGUGGGAGUUCAUCUUCCACGCCAGGGUCAGCAGGGUGGGAACAUCCAGCAAUUGCUUCAUUUCCAGACCCAUCUUCUUUGUCUAGUUUCUUUCAAAACCAGUGUGUUUUUGUCAACCACGCCCAGUGA